AUGGCACGCAAAUCAGCUAUCAUGCUGGCUGUCGCAUGCUCUACACUUUUAACGACGGCGGCAAGUAUUGAUAAGAGACUUGCUGGGGGAGAAGCUGCCAAAAUUAGUGAGAUUCCAAGCAUGGUUAGCAUUCAAAAUGAGAGAGGUCACCACGAAUGUGGUGGUACUUUAUUGGAUAGCACCACUGUUCUCACUGCCGCUCAUUGCCUUGGAUCAAGCCACGCUGUCAGGGCAGGAACGCUGAAUGCACACGAGGGCGGAGUCAUUGCGAAUAUUUCAUCUCGGAAGCCGCACCCCAACUACAAGAAACGGGCUAGUGUUUAUGACACUCCCGAGAAUGACAUCGCCAUCGUGAAAUUGUUGACUCCAAUUGAGACAAGCGCUGUCAUCGAGUACGCAACACUACCGGAGGACGGCUCAAACCCUGUAGCCGACUCUGCCGCAAUAGCCGCAGGCUGGUAA